CGGCUCCGUUGCAUGGUAUACCAUGCUGCCGGCGGCUGCCACCGCUGCAGCGCCGGACCCCUCGUGCUCCACCUUCCCCUCCUCCCGCCGCGCUCCCCCUGUCGCUUCGCGUCACAGCUUCGUUGUUGCAACAAGAGCCACCGGCAGCUCGGGUCUCUUCUCUCUCCGGUGUCACGGUCGCCUUCCCUGCCACUCUCGCUGUCGCUGCCGCUGCCGCGCCUGGUGGAACAAUGAGCGAGCGCGCCGGGUAUCCGGCGCCAGCCGUGGCCGCCAUUGCCGGGCCGUCGCGUCGGCGCCGGACCACAUGGACGAGCAGCCGGCGAGGGGGAGGUACCACCCGUUCGAGGAGAUCUCCGAGGCGGUGCAGCUGGACGACGGCGAGCCGGCCCACCUGACCGACGCCGAGUCAGCCCGAACAAUCGUCGAGGUGAACAACAAGGCGACGGUGAUGAUCUCCACGCUCGUCGGCGACGGUGUGCACGAGCGGAUCAUCCUGCCGGAGUUCCCCUACCUCACCGACGAGAACGGAGAUAUCUACUUCGAGGUCGACAACGAGGACGCGCUGCUGGAGAGCAUCAUGGGGGAGGACAAGAUCGCGCACGUUAUCAUCGGAUUGGACAACACACAGGUCUUCGCCGACUUGGAUCUCGUCUCGGCCUCCGCCACAGAGUUUGCGCAAGAAGACGACAACGGCGAUGAGGACGAUGACGGCUCCGACGAUGAUGAGGAAAGCGACUUUGACGAGGACUUCAACGACGUGGAGGGUGUGUUUUCGGUUGAUGAGGACGACGAAGAUGACAGAGAGGAAGAGGAGGAGGAGGACGACGACGACGAUGACGAGGACCUACCAAGCUGGUCCAACCUUGAGACCGUGAAUUCCUGCCAUCCACUGUACUUUGCAAGGAUGAUUGUAGAGACUGCAACCAAGUCUAGCAUAGACUGGCUGGACCGGCCACCUGCAAGCCUUGUCGUCGAGGGCCAGCUGAGGCCUGCCUUUGCUGAGGAGAGCACCAUGGUUGCCAAGCAUAUAUCAAGUGACGCGCCAAAGAAAGAUACAAAGGAGAGUGGUGCCACCUUUUUCAAGGUCGAGGUCCUCAGCAUCGAGUUGAUCACUGCGUAUGGAACUGAGCCAAAGGUAAAGAUUGAAGAAUACCAGAAGGCUAAGCCGGACAUCAUCGCGCAUUCUGCACCGAACGUAAUAUCGCGCCUGAGAGCUGGUGGAGACAAGGUCACCCAGGCUCUGAAAUCUCUCUGUUGGAGGAGCAAGGCCAUUCAAGUAGAGGAGGCAGCGGUGAUCGGAGUGGACUGCCUUGGUUUUGACCUGAGAGUGUGCUCAGGAACUCAAGUGCAGACAUUGAGAUUUGCUUUCCCUACAAAGGCCACUUCAGAGUUCUCUGCAGAGAAGCAAAUACAUGAGCUUCUGUUUCCUAGGAAUACACAUCAAGAAGGGCAAUCACCACAGGCCCGACAGAAGUCCUGAUGUAAUUCGAUCCAUCGAUGUGGUAACUUCAUUCAGAUGGUAGGAAAUUAAUUUAGAGAAAUAAAUAAUAAAUUCUUGGUC